AACCACUCUGGAGCUUUGCACGCCAAACAUUAGUUUACAAACGAUCCCCCAGCUGAACGGACGUACAAAAUCUGCUAAAAAGAUACUCUUUUGUUUCAAAAUAAAUAAAGAGAACAAUGGGUCUGGGGAACUCCAAGUCGAAGAAGAGCUAUGAAGUAGCCUCUGUCGACUCAAAAAGUGCAAAAACCAAUCCUAGUGAAAAUGUAAAAGUUCAGAGUUCUGUAUCGCCCCCACAAACUGACCCCAGUUCGGCAAUUGUAGAUAGCAAAUUAGUGCCCAAGUGGCUAAAUGAAACGCAAUUUGCGGAACUACUAUCUGCAAAUGUAGCUGAAUUUUCGAAAAUAACAGGCUUUCGGGUGAAUCCCGCCAUGGCUCCCGGAGAAAACUAUGCCACUCUGAUGCUAAGAAUCAGCAUAGAUGUCGAACUUACUGACAAAUCCAGCAAGCAGGUCUCGUUCAUGAUGAAGGUUCCGCAUGAUACCCCCCAAAUGGAACAAAUGCUGACCAUGGCCAAUUUUUUUAAUGUUGAGAACACAGCCUACAUCGACAUUCUGCCGAAACUGGAGGGACUCUACAAGUCUAAGGGCCUGGACAUCACCUUCGCUCCGAAAGCCUUCAAGCUGGACUCCCAACUGGAACCCAAGCUGGCCAAUACUGUUCUCAUGAACGAUCUGGGGCAAGAUGGAUUCAAAAACUUAAAUCGUCUGGAGUGCCUCAAUCUGGAGCAAACCAAGUUUGCCCUCAAAAAGUUGGCCCAGUUCCAUGCAGCCUCCGCCAUGUUUGUCCAAGUCCACGGACCAUUUCCGGACAUGUUCGUUAAUGGUAUGCUAGGAGGAAAUAAGGAGGCUAUGAUGGCAUUUUACGAGGGCAUGAUUGCGUCCUUCCGCACUGCAUUCAUGGCCAAUCUGAAGAACUUUGAAAACGGAGAAGAAUAUCGCGAAAAACUGACUCAGGCUUUCGCCCAGAUAACAUUGGACUUUGAACAACUUGUUAAGGUUAACCCUGACGAGUUUAAUGUCCUCAAUCACGGGGAUUGCUGGAUGAACAAUCUGCUUUUCAAAGUUGACUCCAAGGGAAAGGUGGAGGACAUGGUGUUUGUAGAUUUCCAGAAUCCGAAAUAUGGCUCCCCUACCCAGGAUUUGUUCUAUUUCCUCAUAACCUCUGUUCAUAUUGAUUACAAGCUGGAAUACUUCGACUUCUUCAUGAGGCAUUACCAUGACGAGUUGACCAAACAUUUGGAUUUUUUGGGAUUUUCGGGCUCAAAGCCUUCACUGAGGGAACUGCAUAUAAAGAUGUUCCAAAACGGAAGUUGGGCUCUUUUCCCAGCCAUCACCGUAUUGCCAGUGGUGCUCCUGGAUCCUGGAAACGAGGCAGCCACCUUCGACAACUUCCUGGGAGACACUGAGGCGAGCGCCAAUUUCAAGAACAUGUUGUAUGCUAACAAACGCUAUAAGAAGUACAUUGAAAAGAUUCUGCCAUGGCUGGAAAACCGGGGUUUCCUAGAGGCAUACCAGAAACCUACUCCUGCUCCAGCUCCAUCAUCCUCCCAGACAACUGAAAAUACCGACCAGAUCUUGGACUGGUUAAAUGUGAACGACUUUUCGGAAAUUAUUGCAGCUAAUGAGCCCCAGUUUGAAAAAAUAGAGAAUGGAUCUUGGAAAUCAGCCACAAAACCGGGGGAUAAUUUUGCUUCACAAUUGCUGAAGAUUGAUAUCCAAGCCAAAUUGAAAGACAGCAGUUCAAAGACAUUCUCCUACAUCCUAAAAGUAAAACUCCCAGACACGGGGGAGAAUUUCGCAGAUUUUAAUAUGUUUCCAAAAGAAAUGGAAAUGUAUAGUAAAUAUGUUCCCGCUUUCGAAGAGUUGUAUAAGGAAGCUGGUUUGAAUGUCAAAUUCAGCGCCAAAUCAUUCUUUUUGAGCAAGGCUACCAAGGAGGAAUACCUUUUGAUGGAGAAUCUGCAAGCUAGUGGCUUCCAGAUGUGUGAUCGUAUGAAGGGAUUGGAUCUGGAACACACCAAGAGGACACUGAAGAAACUGGCCCAAUGGCAUGCCGCCUCCUUAAAAUACAAGGAGUUGAAUGGCCCUUAUCCUUCACUGUACAAUGAUGGCAUUUACAUCCCAGCAACAAGAGAUCUGUUCACCACAAUGUUCACUCAAGCCAAGGACGCUUAUGUGGAGCAUCUAGGGAAGAUUGAGGGCUCCGAAGAGUAUCUGGACAAGCUGCCACGACUUGUGGAAAGCCAUGUGGAUCAGAUCAUAGAAGAUGGCCAAAUAAAUGAGAAGGAAUUCAAUGUACUCAACCAUGGCGAUGCCUGGAUAAACAACUUAAUGUUCCAGUAUGAUUCCGAGGGCCAACUAAAGGAAACUUUCCUUCUGGAUCACCAGAAUGCCAAAUAUGGAAAUCCUGCCCAGGAUCUUUACUAUUUCCUAAUGAGCUCUGCGGAGUUGGACAUCAAGGUUGAUAAGUUCGAUUAUCUAAUCAAAUGGUAUCACGAUAAUCUAGUGGAGCAUGCCAAACUUCUGAAAUACUCCGGCUUUGUGCCUGAUCUGAAGGAGCUCCAUACAAUCCUAAUUGAUCAUCCAGCCUUUGCUAUUGGCACAGUAAUUAGUACUUUAACUGUUUGCCUCAACAAGACCGAAGACAGCUUUAAUACCAAUGACUUCUUCACCGAAGGUCCGAACUCGGAUGCCUUCCGAGCUGCACUCCUAGGAAAUGAGCGCUACAAAGCCCAUGUCGAGCGUGUACUUCCUUGGCUCAACAGACGGGGUCUACUUGACUUUUGAGAGAGCUGUUUAGUAUAUAAUAAAAUUUAUAAUUCUUCACCCACUGUUACAAUA